UUUUAUUCUAUAAAAUCAGAAAAACCCCGGCAAGCAUUUUACAUAGUAGAUCAAGAAGGUAAUAAUAUAGAUCCACUUACCCAAGAUCCAGAUUAUUUUAAAUACCUCGAGCAAGCAAAAGCCUUAUUUAAAAAACCACAAAGAUCCAACCAAUCUGUCAGAAUGGAUAGAAUAGAAGAAGGGCUUAAUGAAACUCGAGAUAUUAUAAAUCAGUUAGCAGACCAAUUACAGAAAAAA